ACUUCCGGUUAGCAACCAAUACGCGACGCCUUGAUGGUUUCCAUGGGGCCGCUGACAACAAAGGUUAAGCUAGUUAAAGGAUGCUAAGCGUAAACAUUUAGCCUGUAGUUGCUUUCUAAAGAAACAAAAGAAAAUUCCCAAACUGCGUUUUAAAGAUCUGGCUAGCAAGCCUGACUUGAAGCUUAUAAUAAUUUACUUUAGCGUUAGCUUGCUAACUUGCGUUCAGCAGCAAACCGACUGGAAAGGAGCUAAUUGCUAACAACAUCAUCAUGAUGAGCGAACAGCUGAAAUUUAUUGUCGAACAACUCAACAAGGAACCCUUCAGGAAGAACUUCAACCUGGUGAUGUUUGAUUCUCUGGAACCGAUGCAACUUCUCCAGGUUUUUAACGACGUGCUCGCGGAAAUAGACCCAAAACAAAGCAUAGACAUCCGAGAGGAAAUGCCUGAGCAAACUUUGAAAAGGAUGACUUUACUGCUUGGGAUGCUGAAAUACAAGCCUCCAGACAACAUGGCUGAUGUGAAGACCUUCCAGCAGGGCCUGGUCACUGGCAGUAAAUCGGUUAUUCAUCCAAUCCUCCACUGGCUGUUACAGAGGGUCCCCGACCUGAAGAAGAGGGCUUACUUAGCCCGCUUUUUGGUAAAGCUGGAGGUGCCUGCAGAGUUUUUGCACGAUGACAUCAUCAGUGACACUUACAGCCAGUAUGAAGAGCUGGUGGAAAGCUUCAAGAUGUAUCAUAAGCAGUGUGAGCAGCUGAGGACGUCAGGCUUCUCUACAGCAGAAAUCAGGAGGGAUAUUAGCGCCAUGGAGGAAGAGAAGGAUCAGCUGAUCAAACGUGUGGAGCGGCUGAAGAAGCGGGUGGAGUCGGUGUCCAGCCAUCAGCGGAUGCUGGAGCAGGCCAGGCAGCUGCGGGUGGAGAAGGAAAGAGAGGAGUCUCUGGCUCACCAGAAACAACAGCAGAAAAAUCAGCUGUUUCAGGCAGAGCAGAGAGUGCUGAGAUCCCACCAGCAGCUGAAGGAUAUGCGACAAUCCGCCGCAGAUGCAAAUCCAGAGAGCUUAACCAGAAGACUCGAGGAGGAGAUCCAGAUCAACUCUUACAUGGUCUCUGAGAAACUCCCCAAAGAGCUGGAGAGUUUGAGGCGCACCGUGCAGUACCUGCAGAAAGUGGCAGCAGAACCUGCAAUGGGCCAGCCCAACAUCCGGGAGCUGGAGGACAGGAUCAGAGACGUGGACUCUCAGAUUAACCUGCUGAUUGAGAAGAAGAUGUUGAGGAAUGACCCCAUAGAUGACAAACUGACCCUUUACAAACAACAGGCGUCCAUUAUCAGCCGAAAGAAGGAGGCGAAGGCAGAGGAGCUCCAGGAAGCGAGGGAGGCGCUGGCCACGGCGGAGAGGGAGAUGAAGCAGAGGCACAGCCAGUCCUCACAGGGGGAAGAGGUCGUUCGAGGUGACGAGCUGAAACGCGUGGUGGCAAAACUCCGCAGCAAAGGAACUGCUUACAAGAAAAGACGCCUGGAGCUCUCGGAGCUGAAAGCUGAGUACGGAGUCCUGCAGCGGACGGAGGAGAUCCUCCGACAGAAGCACGAGGCGGUCCAGGAGAAGCUGCAAGCUGUGGAAGUUGAGAAGGGCAUCUCUGGCUACAGCAGCACUCAGGAGGAGCUGGAGAGGGUCUCUGCCAUCAAGACAGAGCUAGACGAGAAGAAGGGGCGCACGCUGGACGACAUGUCUGAAAUGGUGAAGCGGUUAAACUCGUCGAUUGUGGAGAAGAAGUCAGCUCUUGCCCCCAUCAUAAAGGAGCUGAGGUCACUGAGACAACGUCGGGAGGAGUUAAGCCAGGAGUACAGCGAAAAGAAAGCUCAAUAUGAAAGCUGCGCUGCUGGUUUGGAGAGUAACCGAUCCCAGCUGGAGCAGGAGGUGAAAGCAUUAAAAGAGGAGAUGGCCCAAAAAGAGAACCAGUAUCACUACAUCAACUCCAUGUCUGAGAUUAUCGAGAUGCAGAUGCAGCAGGCAGCAGAAGAAAUGAAGGCAUACGUCUCCUCUGAUCCUCAAGAAAGGAAGAAGACCAUCAGGGAAUUGUACAUGAAGAACAUAGCAGAACAGGAGUCGCUUGGCAAGAAGCUACGCGAGGAGCAGAAAACGGUCCGGGAGAACCACAGCGCCAACAUGGAGCAGAUGACGCUGUGGCGGGACCUGGAGCAGCUGAUGGAGUGCAAAAAGAGAUGCUUUAUAAAGGCACAGAACCAGGCCUCGGUGGGACACGUCAUUCAGGACGAGGCCAAAGACAUGCUGGUGCUGUGAAGACACCCCCAAAGGAAAAGCUUAUAAAACCUCAAAUAUUAAAGGGUUAAUGUCAUGGUAAA